AUGUCCUGCCCCGAUUGCUUCAGAGGUGGCAUUUCGCCAGGCACCCCGACCGGCACGGAGGAGACCAUCCAUGGCCUGCCGACCUACGUCGCGCGACCGCCCGAGGGCGUCACGCCUCGAGGCAUCGUUGUCUUCGUGCCCGAUGCCUUUGGCUGGGUCUUUGUGAACAACCGCGUGCUAUGCGACGUCUACGCCAAAAAGGGCAGCUACAUUGUCUACCUGCCUGAUUUCAUGAAUGGCCACUCGCUCCACUCCGAUGUCAUCGGCUACAUGGACCACGUUGUCGAGCCAGCCCCGACGUGGCUCUCCUUGCUCACCAAACCCGUCAGCUUCCUGCGCAUGCUGCCCUUGGCCGUGCCAUUUAUGCUCAAUACCAAGAUUCCCGCCACGCAUCCGGGCGUCGUGAGUUUCAUCCAGAAGCUGCGCACGUCGCCGCCGCCAUUCGACACCAAGGAUCUCAAGAUUGGCGCGGCGGGCUUCUGCUGGGGCGGCAAGCAUUGCGUCCUGCUCGCUGCCGAUUCAGAGGAAGACCGCGUCGCGCGACACGGCGAGACGGAGAAGAAGCGAUUGAUCGACUGCGUCUUCACGGCGCACCCGUCCUUUUUGGAUCUCCCCAAGGACAUUGAGGCCAUGACGAUCCCGACGUUCAUCACCGUGGGCGACAAUGACGCCGUCGUGGGGGCCAAGCCGGCCGUCGAGACCAAGGCGCUGGUCGACAGCAUGGAAGGCCACGAGAUGGUCAUUGAGCCCGGCGCGAAGCACGGCUUCUCUAUCCGCAUGAGGCCAGGGGACAAGCACGAGAUGGAGUGUGCAGAGCGCGCUGAGAGGCAGGCUCUCGAGUGGUUCGAGAAGCAUCUUGGUUAA